AUGCGCCAGUCGAUGCGAACUGGAGCUGUUGCAGCUAUUGCUGCUUCAACAGCAAACGCCGCCUCCCUUGCAGAUGUUUGCACUGUUAUCAACGUCCAAGCUGCUUUACCCGCAAACGGAACAUUGAACGGCAUCAACCCAAUCUCACCUUCCGUUACCGCUAACGCCGUUUACAACGCCACAGCUCAUCCUGGUAAAGACGAGGUUGUCGUUUGGUACAACUUUCCAAGCCCAGAGGACUGCAAGAGCCGUUUCUAUGUUGGCGGUGGAGGUGGAUAUACUCUUGGUGCCGACCCAGCUUUAGGAUUACAAUAUGGUGCCGUUGCCGGUGUUUCAGAUGCAGGUUACGACGCCAUUGGUGGGGAUAACAUCUACAUGUUCUCAUACCAAGCACUUGGUGAGAUGACCAAACUUGGAAAGGCCAUGACUUCAUUGUUUUAUGGUAGCAUUAAUUCAAGCGCAAAGGUCUAUACCUACUAUGAGGGAUGCUCUGAUGGUGGACGUGAGGGUAUGUCCCAAAUUCAACGAUUUGGCUCCGAAUACGAUGGUGUCAUUACUGGCGCUCCAGCUUUCCGAUAUGGACAACAACAAGUCGAUCACUUGUUCUCCAACGUUGCCGAGGUUAUGAUGAACUAUUUCCCACCUACUUGUGAGAUGGACAAGAUCGUCAACAUGACAAUCGAGGCUUGCGAUCCGCUUGAUGGACGUACCAAUGGUGUCGUAUCCCGAACUGAUCUUUGCAAGCUCAACUUCAAUCUUAACAGCACCAUUGGCGCUGCUUACUAUUGCGAGGCCUCAUCUAGUAGCUCCCUUGGAUUUGCUUUCGGUCAAAAGGUCAAGAGACAAAUGGGUCAAUCCACCGCCUCUACACCUGCUCAGAACGGAACUGUCUCUGCUGAAGGCGCUGCUCUCGCUGCUCAACUCUACGAUGGUAUGAUUAAUUCCAAGGGUCAGCGUGUCUACCUCCCAUGGCAGCCGGCUUGUGCAUUCCAAGAUGCUACUAGCUCCUACGACAACACUACCGGCACAUGGGGAGUUGAUAUUGCUUCCACUGGAGGUGAAUUCGUUACCAAAUUCAUCCAAAGACUUGACCUCGACAACCUUGCUUCGCUUGAAGGCGUCACCAUGGACACUCUCCAAGAAUGGAUGACCGAGGCCAUGGUCAUGUAUAUGGACAGUUUACAAACCACUCUCCCUGACCUUACUGAGUUCCAAGAAUUUGGAGGAAAGCUCAUUCAUUACCACGGAAAAUCUGACGACAGUGUCCCAACCGGUUCUUCAGUCCACUACUACGAAUCUGUCCGCUCGAUUAUGUAUCCAGAUCAAGAAUUCAACGCUAGUGUCUCCUCCCUUAAGGAAUGGUACAAGCUUUUCCUUAUCCCAGGAGCCGCCCAUUGCAGUACCAACACUCUUCAACCAGGCCCUUACCCAGCCGAUAACAUGGCUACCAUGAUCGACUGGAUUGAGAACGGUAUCGAGCUAGAGAGACUCAACGCUACUGUCGGUAGCGGUACCUACGAGGGUGAGGUUCAAAAGCUCUGCGCCUACCCAUUGAGACCUAUCUGGGAUGCCGAGGGUACUUUCUCUUGCGAGUAUGACCAAGCUUCCAUUGACAGCUGGACUUACACUUUCGAUGCAUUCAAGAUGCCAGUCUACUAG